GAAGUCAGAGAAAAUAAGUUGCUUCUUUAAGAGAGCUGUGGGCUUGGACUUGUUUCUCAUUGACUCUAUUUUGGAAUUUGUUCAGAAUUAACAGGGAGUAGCUUGAAAGUUGAAAGAAAAAGAAGUUUUGUGAAAUUUCAUGCAAGAAAAAAUGUCUGAUUCUGGAGUCAAUCCACACUUGGAGGGAAUUAUUUCAGAUUUUGAAGCUCUGAAGAGGUCCUUUGAGGUGGAGGAUGUCGACACAUCGUCUCACUCUUCCCCUGGCUCCCGUCGGACAACCAACUCCCCUCACCGUAAUGCCAUGUCUCCCACUAGCAUCUACUACCGUGACCUGGGCACUGCCGCCACAGCCACCAACAACAACAACCUCAACUAUACCCAACCCCGCUCCAUCAUGGGUGGAGGAGGCUCCAAGACCCCCGAGCCUGUGUCUCGCCGUUCUGAACUUUCCAUCGACAUCUCCUCUUCUUCCAGCAAGCAGGUGGAUAACGUCACCAGCCCUGCUUCUACACGCUUUGCGACCAACAGCGCCCUGAAACGCCCUGAAGUCCUGGGCCACUCCAAGACCCCCGAGAUUAGCCACAAGAGAGAGGUCACUUUUGCCAAGACGCCUACUGAUUCCCCAGUGAUACGUCGCAAUGAGGGCAACAAUAACAACAACGGCACCAGCCGAACCCCUGAGCAAAAUCACGCUCGCAAGUUUGAGCCUCCGAGUCCCGGAGAUGUCCGUAAACCUGAUAUCAGCAUCACCAGAGCUCCCCCAGAAAACAAUGGCCACCACCCAGCAGUGCACCACCCACACCACCCCAACCCUCACCACAACACCAUUGUCACCACCUUCCGCUGCUCCUCUCCUAAUCAUGCUGGACGAAAAUCCCCCAACCCCGACAGGUCAGAGGUCAAUCUGAGCCACAGCAACAUGUCUGAGUCCGCCAAGCCCCACCACCCCAACCCGCAAGGUAAGGGGGAGAAGACCCAUGGCAGUGAUUUCAGUUACGUGGGCAUCGAUGCCAUCCUGGAGCAGAUGAGGAGGAAGGCCAUGAAGCAGGGCUUCGAGCUCAACAUCAUGGUUGUGGGGCAAAGCGGCCUGGGAAAGUCCACUCUGAUGAACACUCUGUUCAAAUCCAAGGUGAGCCGUAAGUCGGUGCAGCCCGACCCGGAGGAGAGGAUCCCCAAGACCAUCGAGAUCAAGUCCAUCAGUCACGAUAUUGAGGAGAAAGGAGUCAGGAUGAAGCUGACCGUAAUUGAUACUCCGGGCUUUGGGGAUCAGAUCAACAAUGAAAACUGCUGGCAGCCCAUUAUGAAGUUCAUCAAUGACCAGUAUGAAGCCUACCUGCAGGAGGAAAUCAACAUCAAUAGGAAGAAGAGGAUCUCAGACUCCAGGGUUCACUGCUGCAUAUACUUCAUACCUCCCACAGGCCACUGUCUGAGGCCUCUGGAUGUGGAGUUCAUGAGGCGUCUCAGUAAGGUGGUCAACAUCGUUCCCGUCAUCGCCAAGGCCGACACGCUCACCCUGGAGGAGAGGGACUACUUUAAACAGACGAUUAGGGAAGAGCUGCGAGCCAACGGAAUUGAUGUUUACCCGCAGAAAGAGUUUGACGAGGAUGCAGAGGACAGGCUGAUCAAUGACAAAAUCAGAGAGAUGAUCCCUUUUGCUGUUGUGGGCAGUGACCAGGAGUACCAGGUGAACGGCAAGAGGAUUCUGGGAAGGAAAACAAAAUGGGGCACCAUAGAGGUUGAGAAUAUUGCACACUGUGAGUUUGCUUACCUGCGAGACCUCCUCAUCAGGACACACAUGCAAAACAUCAAGGACAUCACAGGCAACAUCCAUUAUGAGACAUAUCGUGUCCGCCGCUUAAAUGAAUCUAACGGCCAUUUCAGCUCACACCCAUCUGACCAUCCUGAUGUUCAGCCAAAGGCCAACGGUCAGCCUGAGGAGCAGCCUGCUGCCCUGCAGGCCAACGGAGUAGCUGCUCAGCACGAAGCCCUGUCCCACGAGAUGUAGAGAGUCCUGUGAGGAGGCAAAAUGCCAAUUUAUGAUAUCAGGACACAGCCAGACACAAAACAUACACUCGCACAUGUAUUCUGUUUACAUGAACAAGCCCAUAUGCGCAGAAACUCACACUCAUGCUUUGAAGCCCGUUUUUGUUACCUAGAAGGACUUUUUUUUGCCAAAAAUGACUUAACCACAGUUUUAAUUUAUCAGGAAGUUACAAGACACACGGUGCAGAGUAAAUCCCAUAAACAUUUUCCUUCCAUGGGCUGUUUUCUUAAAUUUUUCCAUCAUUACAAUUCUGAGCAAAAUCAUGUCUUUCCUGCAGAUCCACAUACUGUACAGAACUGCUCUUGUUUUUUGUUUUUUUCCUUACCCACCUGACUGCCCAAUGCAAUCUACAUUCAGGAUUGUUUACAAUAAACCAUGAAAGUUGUCAGGUCAUGGAUGAACAAAAGUAAAUGUAUACAUGUCUGAUUACUGAGCUUUGGCUGCUGGGUUUAUUUUUAGAGCAUUCGCUGACUUGUCAGAACUCAAGUGGAGUGCAGUAGCCAUGCAAGAAAGAUGUAAGUAAAUCAUUAGUGAAACAAUGUACAAGAUUUUGAUCAGAAUCAAUACUGUGAUGGAAAAUAAGAGUGCCCAUAAGAAAAAAAGCCAGUUGUGUACAGAACACCUGUGCAGGAUCUUGGGUUAACAAGAGAUUUAGCCAUGCAGGGCUGUCCAGAUGAGGAGUAAUGGCAUAAUUCAAAAUGAAGUACAGCGUAUCAGAUGAUACUACCUUAGUUCUAAACUAGGAAUAACUAGUGCCACUGGCAUGGUCUGCUUUGUGUUGUGGUGUAUAGUUUUGUAAAGAUACUAGGGUUAAGUAGGGAUAUUUAGAUUAGGUUUAUAUUAUUAUAUGGAGGAAGUAAAGAUAUUGACACCUCCGCACUGCAAAAUAAUAAAAAAUAAAUUAAAAAAACAGAAGAAAGCAGUAGCACCGUGGAGCAGCUUUCGGAGAAAUGUGUCCUCUUCUCAUUUUUCCGUUGUGAUGUUUUUAAAACCCCUUUUUGCCGAACCAUCGCGUCUCUUUCUAUAUAAUGCCAAUGUUGUGUAAUACAGUCAUACCUUGCAUUUUACAUUGAUCAUUUAUUAUUGUAUUUUUAUUGCUGUUGUUCAUGUUCUAAUGUUAUUGUAUAAGAUGGGGGUUGUGGAGGAAUCUGUGCAACUGUUGUCCCAUGCAGCCAUUUUUUUCUGACUGUAAACCAAAUAAAUCAUUUUUUUUCUGUUCUAAAGAGAAGCACAUACAGUAUAUAGAGUUGAUUUAUGAAUAGGUAUUUAUGUGUAUGUUAAGUGUAAUCAGUUUAAUUCAACUUUCAUUCCAGCUGUUUGGCUUUCUGAGGUUUGUUGCAGGUCUUUAACAGUGAAUAACUUUUAGCUUUAGACAGUGUUUGUUUUUUGCAUUCAUCCAGUAUGUUGUACCCUGUUGGCUAGGCUGCACUAUAACUAGCACCGAAGGACUUUACCUGCUAGUAAAGUGCAAAAGUGGUCUAUAUUUGUACACUGAUUAUUAAGAAAUUAAAACUGAUCCUGCCAAUAGAUAAUGGUUAGAACGCUGACAUUCACAUUGCAAGCUUAAAGCAUUUUGUUGGAGGGGGGGGUUUCACUACCAUUGCGAGAAGAAUCUAUGCCAAAAAACAUUAAAUAUCACCCAUAAAAUAACAUGAUGCAACUGAGAAUUUUUGUUAAUUUGUAAAAAAAAAAAAAAAAAAAGAAAAAAGAAAAAAAGUGGAACUCAAGGGAUAUUUUAUUUUGGCUACAUCUAAAUUUAAAACUUUCUUAUAAUUUCCUAAUAAAAACAGUCAGCAGUGCAUUUGCUGCCUCUUUAAGUCACAACAAGGAUAUUUUACAUAGAUGCAUACAGAAGAGAUAAUGAUUUCAAAAACCAAUUGUCUUUUAUCCAGAGAAAGUUAUUGGGUUACACUUGGUUUACUGUUGUAUAGUUCUUGUGUAAUUUGUUAUGGUAUUAGGUUUUGUCUUUGCUAUGCUAUCUCAAAGAAUAAAGAUGAAUAUUUUUAUUGUUCAAA